CGACUACGUCAAAUUGCUUUAAUCAAGGUUUUUGAUGAAAUUGGCCUUCUACCAACAUCCACCACAGAAACGACCGCAAAGCAUAAGAAAGAUGGGCUGCUUCGUGCCGCAGAGAUCUCUGAAGUCCAUGAAAAGAAGAAAGACAAACCAAGGGAAGCUACUGAAAUGGAGGAUUCCUCGCCAGAUGAAGAGUCUGCCGAAUUGGAAGAAGAUCAUCUCGAUACUCUCUACAAAAAAGCCCAGUCUUUUGAUUUCAAUACGCCUGAAGCUCAACCUGCAGAGACAUUUGCCAUGAACCUUCGAAAAUAUCAAAAACAAGCUUUGCACUGGAUGCUUGCCAAGGAAAGAGAUACGACAUCUGGUAGGCAAUCAUCAAUGCAUCCUCUAUGGGAACAGUACAAGUGGCCAUUGAAAGAUGUGGAUGAUAAAGUUCUACCGUGUGUUGAGCAACAAGAUUUCUUUUACGUGAAUCCUUAUUCUGGGGAGCUCAGUUUGGACUUCCCCGUCCAGAAGCAACAUUGCCUGGGAGGUAUUUUAGCAGAUGAAAUGGGACUGGGGAAAACCAUUGAAAUGAUGAGUCUAGUCCAUACGAACAGAAUAACCCCAGAUAAUUAUACGGCGACUAUUGAACCACAGCAUAUUUCCACCACGUCUAGCGGUGUCACUCCGGCUCCUUAUACAACUCUUGUAGUGGCACCGACAUCCCUUCUUGCGCAAUGGGAAAGCGAGGCCCAAAAAGCAUCUGCACCUGGAACGCUGAAAACGUUCGUUUAUUAUGGCACAGAUAGAACGAUGGACCUCAGAACAGUUUGUUCAAGACAAAACGGAGCUAAUGCUCCAAAUGUGAUUGUAACCAGCUACGGUGUUGUCCUGUCGGAAUUUCGAAAUUACGCUGCCCAACCACAAUAUGCUCGUAACCAUAUGGGGCUCUUUGCUCUCGAAUUCUUCAGAAUCAUCCUUGACGAAGCCCAUUUGAUUAAGAACAGACGCUCCAAGUCUGCACGAGCAUGUUACGAACUCAAAACUAUUCAUCGAUGGGUAUUGACUGGUACGCCUAUCGUUAAUCGGCUUGAGGAUCUUUUCAGUCUGGUCCGCUUUCUAAAGGUCGAGCCGUGGAGCAAUUUUUCUUUCUGGAAGACCUUCAUUACAGUGCCAUUCGAAUCGAAAGACUACAUACGUGCAUUGAAUGUUGUGCAAACGGUCCUCGAACCUCUUGUCUUACGUCGAACUAAGACAAUGAAAACACCUGAGGGUGAAGCAUUGGUUCCUCUUCCUCCCCGGACCGUCAAGAUUGAAGAGAUUGAGCUUUCGCAGGAGGAGCGGGAGAUUUAUGACUUGAUCUAUUGCCGAGCGAAAAGAACCUUUAACGAUAACAUCGAAGCUGGCACUCUGCUGAAAUCUUACUCUACCAUAUUCGCUCAAAUCUUGCGGCUUCGUCAAACCUGUUGUCAUCCAAUUCUUACUAGAAAUAAGGCAAUAGUUGCUGAAGAAGAAGAUGCGGCAGCAACAGCGGAUUUUCUUAAUGAAUAUCAAGAUGAUAUGGAUUUGCAGGAGUUAAUUAAUAAAUUUACAAAAGCAACCAAUUCAGUUAACGCGAAUGGAGAACAAGGCUCCAUGGCGCGUUUUACGACGCAUGCUUUGCGACAGAUUCAAAGUGAUACCAGUGGGGAAUGUCCCAUCUGCUCGGAGGAGCCUCUGAUAGAACCAGCGGUUACAGGCUGCUGGCACAGCGCCUGCAAAAAGUGCCUUGAGAAUUACAUUCGACAUCAAACUGACAAGGGCGAGCUCCCACGGUGUUUCUCCUGUCGCGCCCCAGUUACGCGGCAGGAUAUCUUCGAAGUCAUUCGUCAUCAUUCACCCAAUAGUACUCCAGACGAAAACCAUAUUGUCAGCAGUACACCACCGAUUUCCUCAGAACCUACGCCAAAGAUAUCGUUGCGACGCAUAUACCCCUUGUCGCCUUCUGCCCACACGUCUGCAAAGAUACAUGCGUUGAUCACACACCUCUUAAAACUACCCCGAAACACGAAAUCUGUGGUCUUCUCUCAAUUCACAUCCUUCCUAGACCUAAUCGGCCCCCAGCUCAGCAAAGCCGGUAUCUCCUUCCUGCGACUCGACGGCUCAAUGCCCCAAAAGGCUCGAGCAGAAGUCCUCCGCCAGUUCAACCGCACAGAAAUUUACGAAGAGGAAAUGAACCUAGAAGACGACAUCGCUAGUCUCGAGGAUUCAAAGAAACCCACCAACCCACCGGCUACUCACAACAUCCUUCUCAUCAGCCUUCGCGCCGGUGGCGUGGGAUUGAAUCUAACAACAGCCAAUAAUGUAUUCAUGAUGGAUCCGUGGUGGAGUUUUGCGGUCGAGGCGCAAGCCAUCGAUCGUGUUCAUCGUAUGGGCCAGUUGCGAGAGGUUUCUGUGACGCGGUUCGUAGUCAAGGAUUCAAUUGAAGUCCGCAUGCUCCGCGUCCAGGAACGCAAAAUGAAUAUCGCGGGUUCACUUGGUCUACGCGUUGGCGGCGAUGGCACGGAGGAUGAUCGCAGGAAGGAUCGGAUUGAGGAGCUGAAGCUCCUGUUUGAGUGA